UGAUUUCUGCGCGACAUAUACUGGAGGGAGAGAGAAUCCAAAGCCCUCCUUUGGGUUUGUCUCUUCCUCUCUCUCGCCUCCCUUCUCCCACCCACCCCUUCUCUCUCGCUGUGGGUGUGCUGUGGAGAGGAGAAAGGGAGGAGAGCUAGAACCAAACACCAGCAAGAGCUGCUGCCAACCCCUGCACAGCCUGGGCUUUCAUUACUGAUUGCCCAACUAUUACCUUCCCUCUUUUGUGAUUAGAAUCAACCAUCUAUCCCUUAUAUAUCUAUCAUCCCGGUUCUUUGUUAACUCUCUUCGGUUCCAGAUUUCCCAGGCCUCAAGAUAGGCCUCUGCACCUAAGCUUGCGGAGUAGCUGCUGUUCUUGUUUUCUUGGUUUCGUAGUUCUUGGAUUUUUGUGUUCUUAGGUCUCUUAUUUUCCCCUAAUCUUGCAAAAUCUUGUGGAGAAGUUUGUUGUUUCGCUGUUUGGGGACCAUGGAUGACAGGAUUCCACCGCCGUCCCUCUUGCAAUACUCUCCGUCUCCUGUUCAUUCUUCCCCCCAUCCCCUCAAUUCUCUGAGGUAUUCUUCCUCUGAAAGAGAAAGGUGCGUGUCUGUUUCGCUAUUUUGCUCUUGAUUUUUUAUUUUGUUUCCCGCGAUUGUUUUCCCUAUUGUUUUUGGUCAAGUUUUGUUUUAGUUUUUGAUCCUGCCCUUUCGGAAUCUUUCUGAGGAGCACGAGAUUUGAUGCCGCCCGUGGAGAUUUCCGCUUAAUUCUAAACUUCCGGAUGUGGUGUUUCGCCUUGAUCAAUGCUGCCGAGAUUGGUGAAGUAGUGAUCUGUAAAAAUAGGGAUGUUUGAUGAUCGCUCGCUGAUAGAUUUGUUUCUGCUGUUCCCCAACGACGGCUGCUAGGGAUAAAUAGGAGCUGUAUGUUUGACUGGCUGCUAAUGGGUGUAAUUUUUUUUGUGUAAUAAAUCGCUCAUUGGCGAUGGUCACAUGUAAUUUUGAUUUGAUGGAUCAUGCUGUAUCAAUCAUAUCGAAGUUCUUGUUAUUACAUUUCAUUCUGUGGGCUUAUAGUUAUUUUAGAUCCUUCAAAUUAUGCUUUUUUGUGUAUCAGGUGAUAAUUAAAACAGUAGUGGCUACUGCGAUACUAACAGCAUGCUUGUUUGGCAGAUAUCUGGCUGAGUUGCUUGCAGAGAGGCAGAAAUUGGCCCCAUUCGUGCAAGUUCUUCCUUUCUGUACCAGGCUCUUAAACCAAGAGAUUUUGCGGGCAUCUACUAUGGCGCCUAACCAUAAUUUUGUUGAACCUGAGAGAAUUGAGCAUGGUAGCCCAUUAAGGUUACCUGGCCACCCAGUGAAUGGUCAGCCAAUGGAUCUGGAGGGCGGCUGGUCAGGGAUGCAAACAGAGCAUAUGGGGGUUCUACAAGCAUCAUCAAUGGGUUGGAAUGGUGCUCCUGCACUUGCGGGUACUCCUGUUGUCAAGAAAGUUGUGAGGCUGGAUGUUCCAGUGGACAAGUAUCCUAAUUACAACUUUGUUGGUCGUUUGUUGGGGCCCCGAGGUAACUCCCUGAAAAGAGUUGAAGCUUCAACGCAAUGUAGAGUUUAUAUUCGAGGACGUGGUUCAGUGAAGGACUCUGUUAAGGAAGACAAGCUGAGGGAUAAGCCUGGGUAUGAACACCUCAAUGAACCACUGCAUGUGCUUGUGGAAGCAGAGUUUCCAGCAGAUAUUGUUGAUGGGCGUCUAAAUCAAGCUGUGUCCAUCCUAGAGGAUCUUCUGAAACCAAUUGACGAGUCCAUGGAUUACUACAAGAAGCAACAGCUGAGGGAAUUGGCAAUUCUAAAUGGCACACUGAGGGAGGAAAGCCCAAGCCCUCACCUCAGCCCUAGUGUGUCCCCCUUCAACUCCACUGGGAUGAAGCGUGCGAAAACAGGGCGGUAAUCCCGAUUCCGUAAGCUUCACCCUCCGAAAUCAAUCAUGGUUCAAUGCCCCCAUUACAAGCUGCUGCUGCUGUACUGCUGGAGAUGAUUGGUGAUGCAUAUGCUGGGAUCAUCAGUGCUGCUGGCCUAUGCCUGUCAUGAUCUAUGCUCUUUAUCGACAAACAACAUGUCUGUCCUUGGACGGAUGGUCUCCGUGGGCUUGUGUUUGACUCUAUAAUUAUUUAUUCUUUGUGCGCCUGACUGCCUAAGUAUUAACAUUAUUGGUUUGGGUAAGUUAACAAGGCCUGGUUGGCCAAUCACUCUAGAAGCUGGGGUUCAAUUGUGUCGGACAAUAAUAAGGGUCUCGUUGGGUGUACCUGAAAUAGUUGUAAUAUGUCAAGUGCUGAUGCUUUUGUGUGGUGCUAGUUCAAGACAACCAGACAGCUCUAGUUGAGGCAAUGAUUAUUUGCAUUCACAUAUU